AUUUCUAAAGGAAAAUGGUCUGAGUAAAGCACGUCAUUUACAAAUGCAGUGAACAAUUCUGUGUGCGAAGUUAAAAUGAUAUCAAGAGUGUUGCCUGAGCGAUGUGUGGGUUCAUAUACAAGGGGCAUUAAGCUAUGAUCCUCAAUAACCUCUAGGAAUAGUUUUGAGUAAUCACAGCCUCCAUCAGAAGAUGCCCAACAGAUAUGAGGCAGAUUUAGGUCAGCUAAGAUUGUGUACGAUUUGUUAAAUUGAUGUUUCAUCUUCAUUUAGAUUAGUUUAUUGUAAAAAUCCUGACAAUGCACAUUGUUGCGAAAACGUUUGAAAUUGACUUUUUAACAAAAAUUUCUACUGUAAUUGGGUGAUUUUUCUGAUUUCCAAUAGGGAACAUCGUUACUGACAAGCGCUUUCGGAGGAGCUUACUCACUGUUGAUUUUCAUUUUUGAAAUGAAAUUAUUUCAAUUUUCCAGUCGGUAAUGUUAAAGAGACUCUUGCCACUAGCGAAUAUUCCAAUUAUCAAGCGCUGUUCUUCCGAUUGUAUAAGGAACGAAGUUUCCAAUGGUGUUUUUCGUAUUCAAAUUAACAAUGAUAAACGGAAAAAUGCCCUGACAUGGAAAAUGUUUGAAGAGAUCGGUAACGCUUUGAAAGAGGCGAAUGGAAAUCCCAAUGUGAAGAUCACAACAUUCACAGGUGUCGGAGACUAUUUCACAAGUGGGAUUGAUUUGGCAAAUUUUGCUGGCAUCCCGUCUAUGAGUGAAGAAGAAAGAAUAGCGUUUGCAGAUGAACACCACCUUUAUAUUCGUUACCUGUUUGAUGCUGCUAUAGACCAUGAGAAGCCUCUGUUUGUGCUCGCCAAUGGUCCUGCAAUUGGUCUAGGAACAACUGUGUUAGGUCUGUGUGACGUAGUUUAUGCAACACAAAGAGCUUUCUUCCUCACCCCGUUUGUUACCCUUGGCAUUAACCCAGAAGGGUGCUCCUCCCUAAUUUUCCCUCAAAUGCUAGGCAACUCAAGGUCAAAUCGACUAUUGCUGCUGGGAGAACGAAUUUCUGCUCACGAAGCGAAACAGUUUGGACUCAUUACUGAUGUAUUUGAAGAUGAAAUGUUUGAGAAGAAAUGCGAAGAAAAUAUUGAUCACGUUUUGACAAAAUUGAACAUUGAGGGAAUGAUGAAAGUGAAAGCGCUCACUUUUGACGAAGAAAAGAGAAAACUGCUCAAAGAAAGAAACAGAAUUGAAUGUGAAAUGUUAAGAGAUUCGUUUAUGUCUGAACAGUUUAAACAUAAAAUUGCUAAAAUGUUCAAAAAUUAGAUAUCAUUUUUCUUAUAAUUAUAAUUUUUG